AUAUAAAUAAAUACAAAAUAUUGUAAUUGUUUAAAGCUAAAGUUCUAUAUAACACAACCUUCAAUAAAAUAUUUUAAAUAAAUCGAACCCCACAAAAUAUAACAAUCUCUAAAUUAAUCUACAUUCCUUCCAUCUUUAAUAAGCACUAUAAUCGAUCAUCUUCUCCAACCAAACCACCUUCAUUUUUUCACCCACCGUCACACGGCGGAGCGGAGGUGCAGAAAAUAAACAAAAACACCCAUUAAAAGAUUAUUCAACUCAAUGACACAUUCAACACUGAUUUCCCAAUCAACAACGCCCACCAUCAUCAUCAUCAUCAUAAUGGUCCACUAGCUUCUUUGCACCAUGAUCAAACCAAAACAAACCAAACCACCUCCUCCCUCCAUCUUCAUCGAUACUCUCAUUCACAUUCCUCCACCACCAUCAUCGUCAUCAGUGCCACGCACGCCCAGCACCAAACAGACAAACCCAAAUCCCCACAGAACCACCAGCCAGUAAGAACACACCAGAUAUAUAUACAUACAUACAUACAAACAUUAUUAUAUAUAUAGAGAGAGAAAUUAUCGAAUUAAGGUCUGUAUUUUAUGUAACAAACCCAUAAUUUCGUCCAAAAAAAUGGUGUAUUCACUCUCUUCUACCACUUUCAUGUAUUCUGUAUGUACUGCUAAAUGCCAUCUCUCUCCGGAAAUAUCCAUGUCUGUGUCUAUCAACCCUUGAUUCCUUAUGAGACCACCAUUUUUGCCUAUAUCAUCAUCAACCCAUCAUCACCCCUUCAACUUUUUCAAUUCUUUUCUCAGUUUCCGGUGGGUUCAUUGCGUCCGUAUGGAACCCGCUACCACCACCGCUUUAUCACCCAACACUCGUCGCCGCCACCGGAAAAUAGUCGUCAUCAUGGGUCCAACCGGGGCUGGGAAGUCUCGUCUCUCUAUUGACCUCGCAACUCGAUUCUUUAAAAACUCAGAGAUUAUAAACUCGGAUAAAAUGCAGGUCUAUCGUCGACUUGAUAUCACCACUAACAAAAUCACAAUGCAAGAACAGCACGGCGUCCGCCACCACCUCCUCGGAGCGUUUGACCCAACUCAAUCGGUUGUGAACCCACACGAUUUCCGGAAAAUCGCAUCGGAUGCCAUCUCCGAUAUUACAUCCCGCCGUGGGUUGCCGCUUAUCGUCGGAGGUUCAAACUCAUUCAUCUACUCACUCGUUACAAAACGAUUCGACCCGAAAUCGGAUGUAUUCAACGGACCAAACCCAGACCCCGUCAGCUCAGAGCUCCGAUAUAAAUGUUGUUUCAUUUGGGUGGAUGUCUGCUUACCGGUUUUAAACCAGUAUUUAUGCAAACGGGUGGAUGAGAUGCUGGAUUCGGGUAUGUUGGAGGAGCUAUCGGAGUUUUUCAGUUCCGGCGAACAUUUAACGGUGAAGCGGAGCGGGUUGGGGCAGGCGAUCGGAGUUCCAGAGCUGGAAGCGUAUUUCCGUACCGGUAAUGGAACGGAGUCCGAUGCGGUGUAUAGUGAGGGAGUGAGGAGGAUAAAGGACAAUACGUGUCAGCUAGCGAAGAGACAAGUGGGUAAGAUCCUACGGCUGAAGGACGGCGGGUGGGAUUUAAAGAGAAUUGAUGCAACAGAGGCGUUCAUGGCGGUAUUGACGGCGGAUUCAGGCGGAGGAAGGGUGGCGGAAAUAUGGGAGAAGCAAGUGGUGGAAACAAGCGUAAAGAUCGUGAAGCAAUUCUUGGAGGAGUAG